AUGAGUCCCCCAGACAGUGGAAUUUCUUUGUCCGGUCUCUCAGAGGUCGAACCUGGCACAAAGGCUUCAAUUGCCUCGCAGCAAUCCUAUAUUACUCAUACUUCGUCUGGUCCUUCUGCCAACUCCAUUACAACACAUCCGCCUGGAGCCCAUAGAAAUUUGGGCACUGGCCCUCCAGUUUUAGGCGGAAUGUCAACCGGUUAUUUUUCCGCCACCCCUGAACGCAAUUUGUCUUCGUCCAGCUCAUUAGUGUCUGGGCGAUCUGCGGACACAAAAACAGCUAUAGCUGCUACGAGUGGUAGUGCGUCGGCCUUAAUUACAGAUCUGGCCAUAACAGAGCUCCGUCAUCCAGCCAAUCCGUUUGACGACGACACAGGCGAUUCUUUAUUUCCAACCUGUGUAGACUCUGCUGAUGAGGCUCUAUUGCCUGGCAACCCUUUUGGUGACGAGGCUUUAGGCCAUAGCCCACCACAGACCACAAAGCAGUCUCGAUCACCCCCUCUUCUAAAUCCUUUCGACUGA